CGGAUGCUGACGUGGCCAACCGACAACAGGAGAGAGAGAGAGAGAGAGAGAGAGAGUCUUCCUGCGUGUUUGUGCCAGCGAAAUUUCGGACAGGAGGACUGAACAAUAGGGAAGGAAAAAAUGGGGAAAUGCAAAGAAAAGAGAUGAAAAGGAAAUGGAGGCUCUGUAAUUUGUUUAUUUAUUUAUCUAUCUAACAAUUUGGGAAGCUUUCCCUCUUCAUCUUCUUCUAGCGUUUAUAAGGGGGUCUGCUGGUAUUGCUUUCGGAUCCGACGUCGUCCUCGUCGUCGGACCCUCCUUUUUCUCUCUCCCUCUCUCUUUUUCUCUCUCUCUCUCUCUAGAUUCAACAGCUCUCGUUCUGGUAGUUGUUGCAGAGAGGGGGGAGGGGGACGAAUCUCCAUUUCUCUGUCUUCAGGUCUCUCUCUCUCUCUCUCUCUCUCUCUCUGGUUUUAAUGAAGAGUGAAAUGCAUUAAGAGAUCUGGGAAUUGAAGUUUUGAAGUAACAUAACUGAUCUGUUCAUGGUUCUCAUUGUCUCAUUCUGUUCCCUGAUUCCAGCAAUUCCCUGUGGUAACUCAUUUUCUUAGAAUAUAUAGCUUUCUUGGAAGUUCUUUUUUGUGGGGCUGGCAUCUCUUAUGAAGGCAAUAUUUAUUGUUUCAUAGAUUUGCACAACUAAAUAGUCAUAAUGGGUGGUUGCGUGUCAACACAAUCAAAAAAAAUUAAAUCACGGACGAAAUACCAUCACCAUUUGAGAAAAUUCCGUGGAAAAAUAGCUGGUUUUGCCACUGAUGGAACCAAGAAGAAGAAUGGUGAUGCUGGAACUCGUGUAACAGAUUUUGCUCUUAGUGAGUUUCUUCAUUUGGACUUUGAGAAGGGUGCAACAACCACUUGCCGAAAGUCUCAGGUUUCCAAUUCUACCUUUCAUCUCACCCAGCUGCAAUGGCUCCGCAGUCAACUAGAUGCUAAUGUGAUUUGCCAAGAGGAAGCAUGGUUUGACUCAGUUAGUAUUUUGGAGUCUGAUUCAGAUGAGGACUAUAGCAGUGUGCAUGGAGACUCUUUUCCUUCAGUUGGCAAUGCAAUUGGCAACAUCUCAAGUGGCCAAGUGCUUCAAUAUGAAACUUCGUCAUGCUUUGUGGAUGGCAGGCAUAAGUAUGAAGAAUACCAUGAAAGUUAUUUGAAAAUAGAUGGAGGUAAAGGCGAUAAGUUUUUGAGCAAAGACGAGUUCAAGGAAUCAAAUGCGUAUACACUGAUAAGUUCUCAGGGUUAUGAGCUUUCGCACUUGGGAAAGUUUGAUGAAGCUUACCCGAAGAGAAAGAAAAUGCUAGAAAAAUCUCAUGGAAGCUUUAAUGGUCUAAAAGAGGACAGACAUGAUUCUGGAGAAAAAGCUCCUGAGAUCAACCGGAAGUCCGGAAUAAAUCGGUUGGUUCCUUCUGUAAGUUUCAAUGACAAGAUUAUAAAUCCACCCAGCCCUGGUCCACAAUCUCAAAGAAAGAAGUCAACAGUUAUCAGGCUUUCUUUUAAGAGGAAAUCCUGCGAGGGAGAAGAGACAACUGAAUAUUGUACAUCAAAAAAAUUCUUGUAUCGUCCCAGAGCAGGACUUCUAGUUCCAUGUUGUACAGGUGAAAAGCCAACCCCAGGAUGUUGGUCUGAGGUUGCGCCCUCAAAUUUUAAGCUCCGCGGUGAGAACUAUUUCAGAGAUAAGCGGAAAUUCCCUGCUCCAAAUCACAGUCCGUAUACUCCAAUUGGUAUUGAUCUAUUUUUUUGCCAAAGAAAGAUUCAUCACAUUGCCCAACACCUUGAGCUUCCUCAUGUGAAAGCGGAAGGCAAGGUGCCUUCACUCCUUAUUGUUAAUAUCCAGAUGCCUACUUAUCCUGCUGCAAUGUUCCUCGGUGAUAGUGAUGGGGAAGGGAUGAGCCUUGUACUAUAUUUUAAAGUUUCCGAAAGUUUUGAGGAAGAUAUUUCGUCUAAUUUCCAGGAAAACAUCAAGAGGUUGGUUGAGGAUGACAUGGAAAAGGUUAAAGGGUUUGCAAAAGAUUCCACAGUUCCUUUUAGAGAAAGGCUGAAGAUCAUGGCUGGGGUGGUUAAUCCAGAGGAUCUUCACUUGAGUUCUGCAGAAAGGAAGCUUUUACAAGCUUAUAAUGAAAAACCAGUCCUUUCACGCCCUCAACACAAUUUCUAUAGGGGCCCAAAUUACUUUGAGAUCGACCUGGACAUUCAUCGCUUCAGCUUCAUAUCAAGAAAGGGACUUGAAGCAUUUCGAGAGCGUUUGAAAUAUGGAAUACUUGACCUUGGUUUAACAAUUCAGGCACAGAAACCAGAAGAACUGCCAGAGCAAGUGCUGUGCUGUGUGAGGCUGAACAAGAUUGAUUUUGUUGAUCAUGGCCAAAUACCCACAAUCAUGACUCCUGAUGAUGAUUGAUUUUUGGAAGGUGAGAUGCACCGUCUGGCUGUUUUUAACAAAUCAAAACCCCAUGUGGCCGACGAUCUCGAUGCAACACCCCAUGUAGUUGAAGAUCGCGACAUUCAGUUCGUUCAAAUCAUAAUUCUUUUCAUUUCCAGCCUUAUGUAAAUGAAACAAAAGAAAAAAAUUAUUUUGAAUUUUCCAUAGGGCAAUUCUAUUGCAGCAUUAAUAAUUGUUAGGGCCACAUGCUUAAGUGCACUGGGAUGUGACCUCACCAAUUGUUGAUGCGGUCAUAGGCCCACCCUUUUCGAAAAAAUAAUACUAACAAAAUUGUUGCUGAAUAAUGAUUUUGUAAUAAUAAUUAUGUUAAUGUAAUCACCUAUAUGCUUGAUAAGAACAUGUAAUAAAAUUGGAUUCAAAAGCACAAGUUGGUGACUGAAUUUGAAA